GCUGGAGUAAAAGGGGCUCGGGGCGGCCGAGUGGGGCUGGGCCGCACCAUCCCGCGGGCAGGGGGGGCCGGGCCGCACCAUCCCCUGUGCCGGGGGGGCAGGUCCCUGAGUCUCUGCCUGGCCUGGUGAGAGGAAGAUGAAACCCGCGGCGAGGAAGGCUGCCAGCUCCUCACCCGCGUCCAGCACAGGCAGUGGCAGCCACUCUCCCCCCUCCACCCGAGCUAAGGCCCAGCGGCGCCGCCCGGCUGAGGGGGGCCCGAGGCUGGAGGAGGAAGAGGAGGGCGGGGGCAGCGAGGACGCUCCUGACCAGCCACCUGUCUUCCCCGGAGCCCGCUGCACCAUGGAGCCCACCCUGGGCCCACCUGUAGAGGCCCCCGAGGCAGAGGGGGCGCCAGGGCCCGACGGGGAGCCCUCCCCCAACCGCAAGACAGCUGCCUUCAAGGCCCGCACGCCACGGCGCAAAGCGGUGGGGCCUGGUGAGGACUGGAGUGGCAGUGAGGGCUCAGCUGCCCCCCCGGAGGAUGAGCCUGGGGGCCGGUGCCCCUCAUCCAGCACGGACACAGCCAGCGAGCACUCGGCUGAUGAGGAGGCGAAAGCAGGGCCGGUGGCACAGCCCUGGGGCCCAACGCCUCAACCCGCACCCUAUGACCUGCACCAGCUGCGCUCCCAGCGGGUGUUGGCCCGGCGCGAUGGGCUCUUCCAGCCCGCCGUGGUCAAGCAGAUCCGACGCGGGCAGGACCUGGGUGUACAGUUUGGCGGUGACCGGGCUGUGACCUACUAUGAGGGGGCACUGAGUGCCGGGGCCCCAGAUGUGGUCCUGGACGCCACGCCCCCACCAGGCGCUGUGGUCGUGGGCACGCCCGUGUGCGCUUGUGUGGACCCAGGUGAGACGGCCUACCGCGAGGGCACUGUGGUGGAGGUGAGCAUCAAGCCAGCCUCCUACAAGGUGCGGUUCGGGUUGUCACCUGGCCCCAGCCCCAGCCCGCGCCGCGACUCAGCCUGGGUCCCGCGCUCUGGCCUGCGCCUGCUGCGCCCACCCUGGGCCCGUGCUGAGCCUGAGAAGCCGGCAGGUGAGGUGGAAGAUGAGGCACCCGGUCCUGAGGCCAAGCAGCCUGAGGACGCCGAGGUCUCCAAGAUCAGCGCGGGUGCAGGCGAGCCGCCGGCCCCCAUCCUGCGCCCGCUCUCGCCCCCCAAGUCACCGGGGCUGCCCCGCCUGCCUGAGGCACCGUCGCCACCCAGCGGUGCUGAGGCAGGCGGCAGCCGCAGCAGCAGCGGGCUAUCCGGGGAGAAGGGUGCCGCACCAGGGCCACCGGGGCCGGGCCCAGGGCGCCGCACGCCAUUGACUGCGGCGCAGCAGAAAUACAAGAAGGGUGAUGUGGUAUGCACACCCAACGGCAUCCGUAAGAAGUUCAAUGGGAAGCAGUGGCGGCGCCUGUGCUCGCGCGAGGGCUGCAUGAAGGAGUCGCAGCGACGUGGAUACUGCUCGCGCCACCUCUCCAUGCGCACCAAGGAGCUGGAGGGGCUGGAAGGCAGUGGGCGAGGCAGUGGCCUGCGCGAGGGCAGCGCUGAGUUCGACUGGGAUGACACGUCGCGGGACAGUGAGGCCAGCAGCGCACGGGGCGACUCACGGCCCCGCCUGGCACCCACUGACCUGUCGCGCUUCGAGCUGGACGAGUGCGAGGCAGCUGUUAUGCUGGUGUCGCUGGGCAGUUCACGCUCAGGCACCCCUUCCUUCUCGCCCGGCUCCAACCAGUCGCCCUUCUCGCCCGCGCCCUCACCCUCGCCCUCACCACUCUUUGGCCUGCGCCCUGCCAGCUUCAGCCCUAUCACAGCCUCACCUGUCAUCCAGCGUGCGGCCGCCCGCAGCCGCCACGUCAGCGCCAGCACGCCCAAGGGCACCGUGCUAAGCCCUGAGCUGCUGCCGCCCGGCGCCCGCGAACGCCACCCCUCAGGCCUACUGCCCUCCUUCCAGACCAGCCUCACCUUCACCGUGCCCGUCAGCCCCGGCAAACGCCGGCCUGAGCCCCCGGCACCCGGGGCUGAGCCUCACAAGCCAGAGGGUGCGGGGGGCCCUGAGGAGUCCAGCACUGGCGGAUUCCGUGUUGUGUCGCCAGCUGCGCCAGGCGCCUUUGGGCGCUCCCGCCAGGCCUCACCACUGCUGCUGCAGACGGAGCCACAUCCUGCUGUGCGGCGUGUGCCAGCUGUGCAGCGCGACUCGCCCGUCAUUGUGCGCAACCCUGAUGUGCCACUACCAUCCCCCUUUGCCGAGAAGCUGCCUGAGCGCCCCGGCAGCCCCCGCCGUGGCCCACCUGGCCCUCACGAUGCGCCCAAGGCCCCACUGCAGGCACCUGUGCCCAUCAACGCCGGGCGGGGGCUGCCAGCCUGCCCGCCCAGCGGGGCCCCCCCUGCGCCUGAGCCACCCGUGCCUGUCUUCGGCGUCUCCUCACCCUUCCAGCCCGUUGCCUUCCACCCCUCGCCUGCUGCACUGCUGCCUGUCAUCGUGCCAGGCGACUACGUUGGCCCCCCAGCUCCACGCAAGGACAUCAUCAUGGGCCGCCCUGGCACUGUGUGGACCAACGUGGAGCCGCGCUCUGUGGCUGUGUUCCCGUGGCACUCACUUGUGCCCUUCCUGGCGCCGAGCCAGCCUGACUGCUCUGUGCAGCCCACCGAGGGACAGCAGCCUGUUGGCCACCCUGCCACCACUGCCCACAACAAAGAACCCCCGGAGUCGGCGGCCGUGGCCCCUGACCUCUCGGGGGCGCUGGGGGCGGAGCCAGGGCGGCUUGGGGCAUCGUGCUCGGACGGCCCUGCCCCCGCUGCCCCCCAGGCCCAUGCGGGUGCUGCCCCCACACACGAGGAUGAGGCCCCGGGGCCCCUGCGCCUGGACAGCGAGACAGAGAGCGACCAUGACGACGCGUUCCUGUCUACUGUGUCCCCUGAGAUGCAGCUGCCACUGGCGCCGGGGAAGCGUCGGACGCAGUCACUGAGUGCCCUGCCCAAGGACCGUGACUCGGACAAGGAUGGGCGCAGCCCCAACAAGCGGGAGAAAGACCACAUCCGGCGGCCCAUGAAUGCCUUCAUGAUCUUCAGCAAGCGGCACCGGGCGCUGGUGCACCAACGGCACCCCAACCAGGACAACCGCACUGUCAGCAAGAUCCUGGGCGAGUGGUGGUACGCGCUGGGCCCCAAGGAGAAGCAGAAAUACCAUGACCUCGCCUUCCAGGUCAAAGAGGCACACUUCAAGGCACACCCCGACUGGAAGUGGUGCAACAAGGAUCGCAAGAAGUCGAGCUCGGAGGCCAAGGCGCCGGGGCCAGGGCCAGGGCCUGGGGGGGGGCCCAAGGAGCCGCGGGAGCGCAGCAUGUCGGAGACGGCAGCUGCUGCAGCCUCGGCAGAGCUGCCGGAUACCAAAACGGGGGCAGGAGUUGGGGCUGCGCUGCCCCUGGCGCCGGCAGGGGGUGCCAGCGCGCAGCACCCACGACCCCGUGCCUUCUCACACAGUGGGGUGCACGGCCUAGACACGGGGCCCCGUGAUGCCCAGGCGCUGCAGGACCUCACCCAGGUACCAGGGCGGGCCCCAGGGGCGGGUCAUGGCGUGGCCACCCCUGCUCAUGCUGCCCCAUCCCCGCUGCAGAUGUGCACGGGGCAGGCACCCUAUGGCACAGCGGCCAGCAAGGGACCCUUCGGGGGGUUUGCAGCACCCCCGGGUGAGGCGGCGCGGCCCCCGCUGCUGCCCCCGCCAGCCCGUGGCCCCCGAGCCCCCCGCCCAGCCAGCGAAGAGAUGACCAGCGAUGAGGAGCGCAUGGUGAUCUGCGAAGAGGAGGGUGAUGAUGAUGUCAUCGCAGAUGACGGGUUCAGCCUGGCCGACAUCGACCUCAAAUGCAAGGAGCGGGUGACGGACAGUGAGAGUGAUGCAUCCUCGGGCGAUGAGCCUGACACCAAGGGCUUCGCCCGGAAGCUCUUCUCGCCUGUCAUCCGGUCGCCGUCGCUGCCGGGCGCCUUCGCCCCCUGCCGGCCCCCUCCCUCCCUGGAGCCUGAGACCCCCGACCCCCAGACUCCCGCCAAAGCCUUUGGUGCCCCCCCUGCCACUGCCCUGCCACCCACUUCCUCACCUGCCACAGCACCCUUUCCUAGCCCGUUCAAGGCGCAGGAGGGGCGGGCAGGUGCCCGGCCCCUCGCACUGCCCCCAGCCAAGCGUCCUGAGGCCCGCUUUGAGCCAGCACCUGCCCCCCCGUACCGUCGACGCAGCGCAGGGGGCCCUGAGGCGGCCCCCCCCUCGGUGCUGGCGCCGGGCGCCGGGGGGGUGCUGCAGGCGCUGGUGCUGCCCGAGGGGGGGGCACGCUAUGGGGGGAGUGCCCGGGCAGCCUCCACUGUGGUGACCAAUGUUGUGCGGCCCGUGAGCAGCACCCCAGUGCCCAUCGCCAGCAAGCCGCCCUGCAGCCCUGAGCCCCCCAAUCCCCCGCUGGCCCUGCUGGGCCCGGGACCCCCCAAAGCGGAGGCGGCGGUGCUGGGCCGUGCUGGGCUGCUCGGCACUGACAAGAAGCCCCAAGGGUCCAUGGGCAAGGCCUCUCCAGCUGCUGGCACUGUGGUCACCAGCCUGCUGGUGGGUGCAACCGGCUACGGGCAGCCUGGGGGGGCAGCGGCAGGCCCAGCUGGGGGGGCCUCAGUGGCCGUGCUGCCCAGCGCGGCCCUGGCACAGCCACCUGCUGUGCAGUUCAUCACACAGGGCCCAGCAGGCACGGCAGGGCCCAAUGGGGCUGUGCCGCUGGGCAUCCUGCAGCCACCGAGCAAGGCGGGCAGCAUCACUCAAGUACAGUACAUCCUGCCCACACUGCCACAGCCCCUGCAGGUGGCUGGGCCAGGCAAGGGGCCGGGGGCCGGGCCAGGCGCCCCCAGCAUCCACUUCGCCCUGCCGCCUGCCAACGGCAAGGUCCUGGCCGCACCUGCUGGUGCCCCCCCAGGGCUGCCCCUGCUGCAGCCCGCGCCUGGUGUGCCCAGCAGCACCGUUACUGUUGUCUCCACUGCCCCCAAAGCCCAGGCGGCGUCGCCAGUGCAAGCACCGGGCACAGGUGCCGCAGCCCACCUGGUGCAGGGCAAGGUGCUGGUGCCCAUGGCGGCCCCCCAGGUGACAGUGCGGCCCAGCAGCACUGCCGGCCCCCUGCCCCAGGUGGCCCCACCCUUCCCCGUUCCUGUGCAGAACGGUGCCCAGACCACCAGCAAGAUCAUCCAGCUGACGCCGGUGCCUGUGGUGCAGCCCCCGGCUGCAGUGCCCAGCAGUGCCACACUGGUGCCCCCGCUCAGCCCUGCGGCAGUGGUGGGGGCGCCCAGCCAGCCUCAGAAGGUCUUGCUGCCCUCCUCUACCAGGAUCACCUACGUGCAGUCAGCACCCACACACCCCCUGCCCCUGGCUAGCUCGGCCUCACCAGCCCAGCCUAGCCCUGUGCCUGCCCCCGCCUACGUGCAGGCACCUGUGGGGGCCACCCCCAUGGCGCUGGGCUUUACCGCCAUCGGGCCUAACGGCCAGGCCAUCGUCCAGCCCCUAUUGUCCGGCCAGAGCUCCCUGCUGGCACCGGGGCAGGUGGGGACACCGGCACUGCCCGGCCCGGCACUGUCCCCAGCCUCCAGUGGGCAGGUGAUCACGGCCAUCUACCCUGGCCCCGCACCACCGCCUGCACCUGGGCUGGUCUACAGUGUGGCCAGCUCCACGCCUGCUGCCCCCACCGCCAUCCUGCCCAAGGGGGUGGGCAGCAUGGCCGCUGGGCAGGGCCCCAUCGCCCCCGGGCACACUGGGCCCCUGGGCUUCCCACCUGCACCGGCCCGGCCCCCGCGGCCCCUGUCGAAGCCCCCCCAGAAGGUGAAGGCCGCCAUCGCCAGCAUCCCUGUGGGCUCCUACGAGUCGGCCCCCUCGCCUGGCACCGCCCGCACCCACCCAGGGACGCCGCAGCCGCCCGAGCCUGGGGGCGCACCCCGACACCACCAUGACCCCUCACCGCCCACUCCCUCACCGCCCCCCCGGGGCACUGAGGCCGGCCCCGGCCCUGAGCCAGAGCGUGAGGCCUGGGAUGGGGGUGCCCCCCCUCCCUCCUCCUCACCCAUGCCCCCCCAGCACCCAUCGCCCGAGACGCUGGACGCCGAGGGCUGGAGCCAGCGGGACCCUGCACCAGGGCCCUGCGAGGACAGGCUGGCGCCGGCAGCCCCCUCACCUGCCAAAGGCCCUGAGACGGCUGCCAAGUUCCCUGCAUCCCCCGACUGGCGCAUCCCAGCGCCCGAGAGCCGCCCCGAUGCCCCGGCUCCCCCUGCCGGCCCCUCGGCUUCAGCCUCCUCGGCCACCGCCAGCCCUGGGUCUGGCGAGGGGCCCCGGGGAACUGCACCGGCCCCCACGCCACCCACUGCCGAGGGCCUGGAGCGCAAGGAGGGCAGCGCCAAGAAGGCCAAGGUGCGACCGCCCCCCCUGAAGAAAACCUUUGACUCUGUGGACAACAGGGUCCUGUCGGAGGUGGACUUUGAGGAGCGGUUCGCAGAGCUGCCCGAGUUCAAGCCUGAGGAGGUGCUGCCCUCGCCCACGUUGCAGUCGCUCGCCACCUCACCCCGUGCCAUCCUGGGGAGCUACCGCAAGAAACGCAAGAACUCCACCGACCUAGACUCAUCCACCGAGGACCCCAUCUCGCCCAAGCGGAAGAUGCGGCGCCGCUCAAGCUGCAGUUCGGAGCCCAACACGCCCAAGAGCGCCAAGUGCGAGGGGGACAUCUUCACUUUCGAGAAGACAGGCUCGGAGGCGGACGAUGUGCUGGGUGAGCUGGAGUAUGAGAAGGUGCCGUACUCGUCGCUGCGCCGCACCCUGGACCAGCGCCGCGCACUCGUCAUGCAGCUCUUCCAGGACCACGGCUUCUUCCCCUCAGCCCAGGCCACAGCCGCCUUCCAAGCCCGCUAUGCUGACAUCUUCCCCACCAAGGUGUGCCUGCAGCUGAAGAUCCGUGAGGUGCGCCAGAAGAUCAUGCAGGCGGCCACGCCGGCUGAGCAGGCCCCCUCCACGCUCGAGCCAGGUGGCCCUGUGGCCCCAGCAGGCAGCAGCACUGGUGGCCCCGAGGGGCAGCCCCCAGAGCCAGCCGCGGGCCAGGACUCGGGCCCUGGGGCGGAUGGGCCGAGCGGGGCUGCCUGGGACAGCACGCAGCCCUCACCACCAGGAGGUGCCAGCAGCAGCAGCAGCAGAUGAAGAACCCCAUGUGGGCCGGCUGGUCAUAAACCACUGUGGGAGCUUCGCCCCUACGCCACCCCCCCCGCCCUGCCACUGGGGGCCAAGACUUGCCCCUGCACCUGCCCUCCACGGACGCAGGUGGCACUGCUGCACCCACCAUUCCAGGAUGCAGGCCCCGCCCCUGCUGCCAUGGAGACCGUGGGGAGGGCGGGGCCAGGCAUGGGGGCCACGGACACCUGUAAAGUGACCGACUCUUUUCAUAACGUUAAAUAUUUUGAGACCUGACGUACUCGUUGCCUCUGUGUCGCCCAUCCCUGCCACGGGAGGAGGCAGGGCUCGGCUGCCUUGGCCAGUCGGCACCCGUGCUCCAGCUACAGGAUGGGCUCGGCUUUCGUGGCCACUCUGACUGCCGUGGCUGCACCCCGUGGGUGGAGGGCUCCAGCGUGGCCCCCCAUGGGGUGCUGCAGGCAGCCCCUUUUGGGGGGUGCCCCCUCCCCGCCGCCGGCACAUGUGGAUCAUGGGGGUCUCCACCCCUGCCUCGCUAUUAAAGCUCUUGAACAAGC